UUCUUUGUCCACCUUAACGGCGCCAUCUUGGCCAACCGGACCGUGAUACAGUGAAGGUUGUCUAGCAUUCUGUGUGUUCUAGUUUAUUUUCGAGAAGACGCCAGUCUUAUGAAUUUACCAGUAGAAUAAAUUUGACGGAUUAGAGGAAGAUAAAUAGAUACGGAAAUGGCAACGGGAGCAAACGCAACCCCGCUGGGGAAGCUGCACCCGAGUAUCGGCGCUAAACGGGGCUUCGACUCGGGGCCCGGUGCUGGUUUAAUGCCUCCGCCGGGGCCUCCAGCCUCUUUUCCGCUCCAGAACUUUCCCCAGAUGCCGGGUGCCGCUUUCCCAGGAUUUCCCGGGGCUGCUGGUUCAUUACCAAACCCGCAACUCGGCCUUCCUCAAUCUCAAUUAGAUAUGAGUCUGAAGAAGAGGAAAAAAAGUCGCUGGAGCAGUGAGACCCCGGAUCAGAAGACCAUUAUCCCAGGAAUGCCCACAGUUAUCCCUCCCGGCCUUAGUCGUGAACAAGAGCGAGCUUAUAUAGUCCAACUGCAGAUCGAAGACCUGACUCGUAAACUGCGUACAGGAGACCUGGGAAUCCCUGUUAAUCCUGAGGACAGCAGGUCUCCGUCUCCUGAGCCGAUCUAUAACAGCGAGGGGAAGCGGUUGAACACACGUGAGUACCGCACCCGCAAAAAAAUGGAAGAGGAGAGACAUUCACUCAUCACUGAGAUGGUUGGGCUGAACCCAGAGUUUAAGCCCCCUGCUGACUAUAAGCCUCCAGCCACCAGAGUCAGUGAUAAAGUGAUGAUUCCACAAGAUGAGUAUCCAGAAAUCAACUUUGUUGGACUUCUCAUUGGACCACGUGGCAACACGCUCAAGAACAUUGAGAAAGAGUGCUGUGCUAAGAUCAUGAUCCGUGGGAAGGGUUCUGUUAAGGAGGGCAAAGUGGGCCGUAAAGACGGACAGAUGCUCCCAGGAGAGGACGAGCCUCUACAUGCCUUGGUCACUGCCAACACCAUGGAUAACGUUAAGAAGGCUGUAGAGCAGAUCCGUAAUAUCCUGAAGCAGGGUAUUGAGACCCCAGAGGAUCAGAAUGACCUGAGAAAGAUGCAGCUAAGGGAGCUGGCACGACUCAAUGGCACUCUGAGAGAGGAUGAUAACAGGAUCCUGCGUCCAUGGCAAAAUUCAGAGCCUCGUAGCAUUACCAACACUACUCUGUGCACAAAGUGUGGAGGAGCUGGACAUAUUGCAUCUGACUGCAAGUUUACAAGUACUUAUACCCCGAGGCAAGGCGAUCCACCCCAGUCAGCUCAGGAUAAGGCCCGUAUGGAUAAAGAGUAUCUGUCUUUAAUGGCUGAACUGGGAGAGGCUCCAAUUCCCGCAUCCAGUGGUGGACACAGCAACAACCCACCCAGUGGCCCCCGUGGAACUGGACCCAACUCUAACCAGCCACCUCCAAACCGUCCUCCCUGGAUGAACUCGGGCCCUUCAGAUAACAGGAACUAUCAUGGCAUGCAUGGCGGUCCAGGUGGUCAUGGAGGUCCCCACAACUUCCCACCCCCAAUGCCCAACAUGGGUGGGCCACCCAUGCCUCCCAACCCUAACGGCAUGCCCCCUCCGUGGAUGCAGCCACCCCCUCCACCAAUGGGCCAGGGUCCAACUCCUCAUGGACACCCUAUGGGUUUGUUACCACCUCCUAUGGGCAUGAUGCCACCUCCUCCACCUCCACCCAAUAAUCAACCACCCCCACCCCCAUCAGGGCCUCUGCCGCCUUGGCAACAGCAGGCCCCACCCCCUCCGCCCACCAGUAGCAUGGCAACCAGUGCCCCACUGCCAUGGCAGCAAAACACCACAACCACAUCCACCCCAGCUACAGGUAACCUUCCUCCAUGGCAGCAACCCCAGCCAGCAGCAAGCUCUGCUGCCCAACCUCCUCCUCCUAUGGGAAACCCCUCCAUGGUGCCCCCUCCUCCUGGAGUUCAGCCCCCACUGCCCCCUGGUGCCCCCCCUCCUCCACCACCCCCACCCCCUGGCUCAGCAGGCAUGAUGUAUGCACCCCCUCCACCUCCUCCACCCAUGGACCCCAACUUUGUUACCAUGAUGGGAAUCCCAGGAAUGCCUCCAUUUGGCAUGCCACCUGCCCCCCCUCCCCCACCACCCCAAAAUUAAAUACCCCACAUUGACCACAUGAUAUAAGCUGGAGGACAACAUGACUUGGUUCUGCUUGAUGUAUGUUGUAAUACUGGAGAGAAAAAAGGCUAGUGUGGUUGAAAUGUGUACAUUUGCCUAACUUAAUUUGCUUCUACUUUUAAAAUUUUAGUGUUUGCUCAGUUGAUAGAUGUUCUGUUUGUUUGUUUUUUUGGGUGUGUUUGUAGGGCCUUCUUUUCACUAGUUGUGCUAAAUGACAUUCCAGACCACAGUAAUUAAACCGUAAUAAUGUAAAGUAUCAUUGUUUUUUGCUUAUUGCAAAAGCAGAUGAUUUCCUCUAUAAUGAAUCAGAAUUGGUUUUGCCUUUUUUUUUCUUUUUUUUUUUUUUUUUUGAUGGAUUCAGUUUAAAAAAAAAUUUGUCUGAAUAUUUUUGUAAUGCUAACUUCAGCUAAAUAAAAGUUGAAAUGGCCUCACAUUUACAUAGUAACAAAUACAGGUGGGAAGACUCUUCAUUUAUGUUGCGCUUCUGCAAUUCCAGGUUUGUUGGGUUUUAGUUUUACAACUUUUUAGAAUGCGUCCGUUUUAAAUUGUGCAUAAAAGGACCUGAUGCUACUUCAAUCUGUUUAGCUUCAUUUGUAUUCUUGACUGCUUCUGCAAGAAAACUAUCCCACUCUUGUGCUCCACUUUUCUCAGUCUAGUGUCCUUUGUGGGGCUCCACUCAGCCCUAAUGAGCUUAGUCUGUCAGGAUUACGAUAAAAGAUGCAAUGAAAUAGUUUAACAGGUCUUCAGUUGUUUUAAUUUUUUUUAAGUUCAGAACUCAACUGAGACUGGGAGAUUUAUUUCAGACUAACAGAUGUGUGAAACUUGUCCAUUGGGUUUGUUUAACGUCUACUGAUACAGUUGUCUAAUUUUUAUUUUACUUUUUCCCCCUUUUGCUUUGUGUGCAACUGUCCAGUCCUGAAGUGCUCAACUAUUUUUUAUUGUAUGUACAGUUCAAAAUGGACAAAGUGAAUAUGUUCAGUUCCUGUACUUUUAAAAUAAAGGGGAUUAUACAUUUCUAUUAAGAUAA